UCAUCUCCAAGUCCCUUCCUUUCCCCAUUUGUACUAUAAAAGACCUUUCCUUUAAGUCCAAGUCCAUCCUAACCUCAUUACCUUAAAGGAGAACUGAUUCAUAUUUCUUAGCAAAUGAUUAAGCUAACGAUAGUUGGAAGAGUGAGCGAUGGGUUGCCUCUUGCACAAGGACCCAGGUAUACGAUUGAGGAUUAUAACAAAUUCUUAUUUUACAAGCAACAAGCAGAGCUCAUACUCAAAGAAAUUUCCAAAGGAGCCUUGGCACAUUCCAAGAUGACCAUUCACAUUGAUCAUCACUGCUUCAACCACUUGGUCGACAAUGGAAUCAUCUUCAUCACAUUGUGCGAUUCUUCAUAUCCAAGAAAACUAGCUUUCCAUUAUCUACAAGAUUUGCAAAAGGAGUUUGAGAAGUUUGAUAAUAGACUCGUAGAGAAAAUCACCAGACCAUACAGCUUUGUGAAGUUUGAUAGCAUUAUUGGGAAUAUCAGAAGGCAAUACAUAAAUACAAGAACGCAGGCCAACCUAUCAAAACUUAAUGCUAAUAGGAAACAAGAUGUAGAUAUUGUUACUAAACACAUAUCUGAAAUUUUAGAACGAAGGCAAAAUGCAGGUGAAGUUCAUGAAAUUGCCCUGAAGUGGACGCCUAUCACAACAAUUAUUGUGGUUACUGUUGUUCUUUUAUGGGCUAGCUUGGACUCACAGGCCACAUCAUAA